AUGUACGGCAGGGCGACGGCCAAGAGCCAACAUCCACACUCGGCCCUCACGGAUUUCCUUGCAUCGAAUAAUAUCUCUGCCGCCCAGAUCCAAGACGACUACAACCGCCGGGUCGCAGAAGCCGCAAGAGCCGAGGCCGAUGAAGAAGAACAGCAAGAGGAACAGGCUGAACGCGAGGCGGAUCCAGACCACGAAGAGCUCGGCUCUGAAGUCGAGGAGACACCUGAAGAGAAGACCCGCAAGCGCAAGCGACAACAGGCCAUCGAGAAGCUUAAAAGGAGCAAGGAAUUUGCCCGGCGGAAGGCUCGGCGGACUGGGGAUCCAGGCGAUGAUGCCGAUGCUGACGAAGCCCUGGCAGAUCAGAUGAUGAGUGAAAAGUCGCGCCCCAUCCCUGGCCAGCUGGAGAACUGUGAGAUCUGUGGCAAGCGGUUCACGGUCACCCCUUAUAGCAAAACUGGUCCGGAGGGAGGUCUACUAUGUGCCUCUUGCUCAAAGAACCAAAAGGAGGGCAACAAAAAAGCACCUCCUAAGAAGCGUAACUCGGGGAUUUCUCGGCGUCAGAAUCAGAAUGCUCUCUUGGAUGGACAUGUCCGCAACGGUCCCCGAUCCUUGCUGGAAAUAUGCAUCAAGAAAGUUGCCGACAAUAUAGAUGAUGUGGAGGAGUUCGGUGAUCUCCCACCUCCUGUUAUGCUCAAAAUUAGUCAUAUCUUGUCCAGGCGACGCGCCAUAACCCCCAAGAUCCUGGAUCUCUUCUUACGACCGCAUCACCGGACGCUCGAUAUCUAUGACUGUGCUAAGCUUGAUACAAACGACUAUCACAAGAUCCUUGCCACAAUGCCCAGUCUGACCAGACUAAAUCUCCGCUUCGUCACUCCGAUGAAAGACCAGAUCUUGGAGUACAUGAUUGACAAGGAUAUCAAACUUGAGGAUCUACACUUGGACUCUCCGAAUUUGGUAUCUGAUGCUUGUUGGAGGAAGCUUUUUUCUCGGAUAGGUCCACGUUUAAGGAGCUUGAAGUUAUGGAACCUCGACUCUGCAUUCGACGACGAAACAGCCCAAGUAAUGGCUCAAAGUUGUAGGUCUCUGCAACGUUUGAAGUUGAAGUACUUCUGGAAACUUGGUGAUGAGGCCCUUCGGGCGAUCUCGGCUAUGGAGACCUUGGAGCACUUGUCUCUCCAGUUCAUGCAAGAAACACAGCCGGAGUCUAUCUUGCACUUGGUCUCUGCACUAGGACCGAACCUUCGCUCUCUGUCCCUCGAAAACUUCGAGCUUGCCGAUGACAGGCUUGUGCAAGGAAUUCACAAUAAAUGCCGAAAUCUCUACAAGUUCCGCCUUACUCAUAAUUCUGUUAUCACUGACCAGGCACUAGCGGAGCUUUUUCGCGGCUGGUCCAAUCCGGCCUUGAGCUAUAUAGACUUUUCCUCUCUUCGUGACGUGGACAUGGCUAACCCCGAUGGACCUGAAGAACCAAUCGGACUCGCCUCGAAUGGGUUCAUGGCUCUGAUGGAACACUCGGGCUCUAAGCUGAAGUCUUUGAACGUCUCCUCAUGCCGCCACAUUAACCGUGAUGCAUACGAAGAAGUCUUCGGACCGGAUAAGCGCUACCCCCAGCUGAAAUCACUCGAUAUUUCUUUCGAUGGACAUGUAGAUGACUUCAUUGCCCAGUCUAUUUUCCGUUGCUGUCCGGCUCUCAAAAAGAUGGUGGUCUUUGGCUGCUUCAAGAUUCGCGACCUGGUGGUGCCGAAGGAUGUGGCGGUUAUUGGUACCGUUGGAGCGAAGUUGACUGUUGAUGGAGCGGUGCAGGUAUAG